UAAUUUAAAGAGAAGUAAACGGGAUGUCUGGGGCUCUGGACCAUCUUCCUCGUGGCUGUUAUGGACGAGGUGAUUGGUCGCUGCUAUAAAAAACACUGUCAAAUAAUUUUCUUCUCAAUUAAUUAGAAAAAGAAAAUUCCCCUUUUCUCUUUUUCUGUGAAAACCUAAAUCUGAAGUCCUUGAAAUGACGAAAGGAAAGGGAAUUUUAAGCCCUAAUUUGAAGCUCUCUCUUCCUCCUCCAGCCGAGACCUCCUUCUCCAAAUUUCUAACCGAAAGCGGCACAUUCAAAGACGGCGAUCUUCUCGUCAACAAGGACGGUGUUCGAAUUGUCUCUCAAUCCGAGCCUGAAGCUCCUCCGCCCAUUAAGCCAUCGGAAGCUGACAAUGACGAUCAGUUGAGUUUAGAGGAUAUAGAUGCCAUUAAAGUUAUCGGAAAGGGUAAUGGUGGAAUUGUGCAAUUGGUCCAACACAAAUGGACCGGCCAGUUUUUUGCAUUGAAAGUUAUUCAAAUGAAUAUUGAGGAGUCGUAUCGCAAGCAGAUUGCAAAGGAGUUGAAAAUAAACCAGUCCUCUCAGUGUCCAUAUGUUGUUGUUUGUUAUCAGUCUUUCUAUAACAAUGGUGCCAUUUCAAUCAUCUUGGAGUAUAUGGAUGGUGGAUCCUUAGCAGACUUUCUGAAAAAGGUUAAAUCAAUUCCCGAACCCUAUCUUGCUGUGAUAUGUAAGCAGGUGCUCAAGGGUUUGAUAUAUCUUCACCACGAAAGACACAUUAUCCACCGUGACUUAAAGCCAUCUAACUUGUUAAUAAAUCAUAGAGGCGAAGUCAAGAUCACUGACUUUGGUGUGAGUGCAAUAGUGACAAGCACCUCAGGGCUAGCAAACACUUUUGUCGGCACGUACAACUAUAUGUCUCCUGAGAGAAUUAUUGGUGGCAAUUAUGGCAAUAAAAGUGACAUUUGGAGCUUGGGACUGGUGUUGCUUGAAUGUGCAACUGGUCAAUUCCCAUAUUCCCCACCAGACCAGGCAGCAGGAUGGACAAGUUUUUAUGAGCUCAUGGAUCAAAUUGUUGAACAACCACCACCUUGUGCACCUUCAGAUCGAUUUUCUCCUGAGUUUUGCUCGUUUAUUUCUGCAUGUUUAAAGAAAGACCCAAACGAGAGAAAGUCAGCACAGGAACUGCUGGAUUUGCCUUUCUUGAACAUGUAUAAUGACUCAGAUGCUGAUCUUUCAUCUUACUUCAAUGAUGCUGGAUCACUGCUCGCAACACUUUAGAAUUUAUGUGAGUUCAGACUGAAUAAAUAAUUGGUCACGCUCAAAGAAGUCAGAAAAAGCCAAAGUUUUAGAAGCGUGGAUGAUUUCUAGUUAUCGUUGCGACUUCAGUGUGGGAGUUGAGUAGCUAUUGUGAUGAAGAAGCGUGGAUGAUUUCUAGUUAUCGUUGCGACUUCGGUGUGGGAGUUGAGUAGCUAUUGUGAUGAAGAUGCCGAAAGUUAACCAUCAAAGAUAUUCUUGGCUGAGGACUCUGAGCGUGAGUUACAGCUUAUUGCUGUGUGUUUUAAUUUUUCAUAAUUGAAAAGGUAAUGCUGUCAUAUAUUAAGAAAAAGAUUAUAUACUUCCUGAAAUAGAUAAUGGAAAGUAAACAAUAUUGAUUUGCCUA